UGCGAGACACGAUGGAAGUCACUAGGAUGUUGACGGUGGCGGGUGUAGGGAUGCUGAUGGCCCUCGUGUUGGUGUCAGCGCAUUAUGACAAUGGCCACAAGACAGGACAGUUUGAUCCGGCCGCCAUGUGCGCCCAACUCCAGCGACAGCGGGGAGUGUCUGAGGAGGGUCGAGGUCUGCGCAACAUGCACAGGGAGUCGAACCGCCGCGAGAGGAUGGUUCAGACGAUCAUCAACUGCGCCCAGCAACUCGACAUCAAAACGCUGCCCUCGUUCGAUUCCUCCCAGGAUCCCUCGGAGAGUUCGUACAUGCGGUUCCGUGUGUGGAUGCGAGCCCACCCGGAGGACAAGAGGAGGUUGUUCGCCUGCGCUCACCAGGGGCUCUUCACCCCCGACGGCCAUGCCGAACCGCACGGCGCUGGUCGACGGGUGCUGGCCGUUCUGGAGACGAGGAGCGCGAACUUCGAACCGCCAUCGUCAACAACAUCAAAACAUGCCCGGCGAACACGCGUCGCGAGUACUUCCGCUGUGUGUUCAUGGCAUGUGUAACUCCUUAACAACAGCCCCAGGAGAUAAGGACCCCCCCCCCCCCCCGCCCCUCAAGACACGAAGGAUAGCUCUCCCCCCCCC